AUGUCUCAUCAAACUGGAAUUCAAGUUUCUGAAGAACUUGGAGAAUUGUUUGCAAAUGCAGUUGCUAAAGGAGAUUUAAGAAUAAUACGUGUAUCAAUAAUUAAUGAGUCGCUCGUUCCCAAUGGUACAAGAGAAAUUAAAAGUGAUUGGAAAUCGGAUUUUUCUGAGAUUGCUGAAUUUUUAGAAGAAGAGGUUCCAUGUUUUAUACUAUAUCGUCUUGACAGUAAAUCUUCAUCUGGAGAUUAUGAAUGGUUAUUUGCUGCUUAUGUCCCUGAUCAUUCCAAGUAG